UUAGCGCGUCUCGUCAAGACGUUCAACUCGUUAGCCAAAACCUCAUCAGACAAUCUGUCUACAGACUUCAUGGCCAUCAUAGACAGAUACGUCCUGUAUAUCGUCUAUCUGUUCAUCGGCCGAUUUCUUCUAGCUUAUUUUGCUAUUAUUGGUUUUCGCAUUACGAGCCUCCGGGUUUCAGCGACCGUUCGGUCAUGUUACCUCCAAGCGCUUUUCCAACAACCGAUCUCUACAUUGGAUGCCCUUCCUCCAGGACAAACUACAGCUAUUAUUACUGUUACAGCUAAUGUGUUGCAAUUAGGCAUCUCUGAAAGGCUGUCGUCUCUGAUACAAGCAGUUACUGUGAUCCUAAGUGCACUUGUCAUCGGAUGUUUGUUCAGUUGGGAAUUGACAUUGGUGACUGCAAGUGGACUUGUCGCGAUUGUAUCAUGGUAUUCGAUUAUAACGCCGCUCGUGGUAAAAAGGUAUGCUGUGAUACAGGAGUUAGAGAGACAUGCAUCGGGGGUAGCAAGCGAGGCGCUGUCAAGUAUUAGAAUGAUUGCUGCAUGCGGUGCCGAAGAGAGGUUGGCACAGAAGUACAACAAGUUUGUUCAACAGACAAGGGUAUUAAGCCAAAGGCUGUCUCCUGUUUUAGCAUUACAGCACGCUCCAGGUAUGUGGUUUCCCUUCAAGUUCGCCAACAUAGAAACACUAGUGGUUGUUCUUAUGUCUGUGCUUACGAUGUUGGCACAUCUGAACACUGUAUCUGUCCCUCUAACAGCGGUUUCCAACGCCAUCAACGCCGCAUCAAUCUUCUUUACAAUCAUUGAUGCACCAAAACCUUCUACCGCUGGGGUGCGAGAAGACGAAGUGUCAUUGGACGGUGAUAUUACACUAGACAACAUCAACUUUGCCUACCCUACACGCCACGAUGUGAAGAUUUUGCACGGGUUGAGUCUACGUAUACCGGCAGGCAAGACGACAGCUAUCGUGGGCCCGAGUGGAUCAGGCAAGAGUACGAUUAUGGCACUCAUCCAGCGGUGGUAUGAACUCGGUGGAGCCGAUCCCAUCGCCAAUUAUCUGCGCAACGGUACCAUUAAGAUUGGCAACAGAAAUCUCAAUGGAAUCGAUCUACAUUGGUGGCGUUCGCAAAUUGGCUUCGUUCAACAAGAGCCAUUCCUAUUUAACGAUAGCAUCUUCAAAAAUGUGGAGUAUGGGCUUGUCGGGACGAAAUGGGAGAACGCAUCUAAGGCAGUGAAGAAGAAGAUGGUCAUUCAAGCUUGCAAAGAGGCGUACGUAGAGGAGUUCAUCCAUAUACUUCCAGAGGGCUACUCAACGUCAGUUGGAGAAGUGGGCCUCCGUCUCAGCGGUGGUCAGCGUCAGAGGAUUGCUAUCGCUAGGGCUAUCGUCCGGCAACCAAGGAUAUUGAUCUUCGACGAAGCCACUAGUGCGUUGGAUGUUACUAGUGAACGCAUUGUGCAAGCCGCUCUUGAAAACAUUGCACAGGACCGAACAACUCUUGUUAUAGCGCAUCGGCUAUCUACGAUCAAGAAUGCCCACAAUAUUGUUGUUGUAGCAAAGGGCGCAGUUGUGCAGCAGGGAUCGCAUCAGACCCUUUUGGAAGACACGUCUGGCGCAUACUCGAAGUUGGUACUUGCUCAGCAGCUAGCUGUCAGCACCGUAAGAUUGGUGUACGACAAUUCUGAAGAAGAUAUGAAAACGAAGUGGGAACGUAUUAUAGCCGAAAAAGAGAGCUACGAGGCACAUGUUGAAUCUGGAACUACCAUCGCUGGUUUAUCUGUGCCAAUGUCAAGGUUGUCACCUAGUAUCUUCCGUAGCAUCAAUACGAUACUGCUGGAGCGUAAGGAGAAUUGGCAUAACUAUCUCAUCAUUUUGGUGGCAGCAAUGGGCGCUGCUGGUAACAACCCUUUACAGGCGUAUCUUUUUGGUCGACUUAUUUCUUCCUUUGCGUACUGGGGCGAGCAGCUUCGAUCAUCGACCAGUACUUUGUGUCUUAUGCUCCUGGCUGUUGCAGCAGGGGUAGGACUAUGCUACUUCGCACUUGGUUGGAUAUCCAAUCAGGUCUCGGCUAGUACCGUUUCGACAUAUCGCAAAGAGUACUUUCGUAACAUCAUCACGAAGCGAAUCUCAUUUUUCGAUGAGCCUAGCAACUCCACUGGACUCCUUACUGCUCGGAUAGCCACAGACCCAGCACAGCUGCAACAACUUCUCGGUAUCAACAUGGCGAUGGUAUUGAUAUCCGUUUUCAGCCUCAUUGGUUGCGUAACGAUCGCUAUAUACUUCCACUGGGAGUUCGCGCUUGUCGUCAUGGCACCAUCGAUACCCAUCAUUCUAGCUGGCGGGUGGUAUCGCGUAGCCUAUGAGGUUAAAUUUGAAGCAAGGAACAACGAAGUCUUUGCUGAAAGUGCGCGUUUCGCUACCGAAGCCAUCGGUGCUAUCCGGACGGUUGCAAGUUUCACCCUUGAGGGUGACAUAUGUCGAAGAUAUGACAACCUUAUGAAGGCUCACAUUUUCAAGUCCUGGAAAGAGGCUCGAGUCUCAAGUUUGGCAUUCGCGGCAAGCGAUAGUCUGGUUCUGCUUUGCAUAGCCUUUGCGUUAUGGUAUUAUAGGUACGGCGGGAGUCUUCUUGCAAGAUCCAAGUUGCUGCCUUUCAACUUCCUCGUUGCAUACCUGGCCAUCAUUCAAGGCAGUUUAGCGGCUGGGCAGUGGCUAUCCUUUGGACCAAAUAUUGCGCAAGUCUCUGCAGCUGCCAAUCGCAUUUUAAAGAUGCGCCAGAGUGAUCUCGAAGAUGAGGACACAGUUUCAGCAAGAUUUCGGGAGACCUAUCGCUGGACCCUCCCUGCCAACCUGCUGUGGAAAGGAGCCGACAUCAAAUUCCGCAACGUAUGGUUUACCUAUCCGACGCGUAAGAUCCCUGCUCUUCGAGGCCUUUCUCUCAACAUACCACACGGUCAAUUCGCAGCUAUAGUAGGGAGCAGUGGCUCCGGCAAGACAACGAUAAUCUCCCUUCUAGAACGAUUCUACGAACCUGAUCGAGGAAUGAUCUGGUACAAUGACGACAAGAUCGCAUCGAUGCCACUGAAAGUGCUCAGGAAACGUAUGAGUCUGGUGGCCCAGGAACCGUAUCUCUUUCGCGGUACAAUGCGAGAGAAUAUCCUGCUUGGUGUAGACGACAAUUACGUCAAUGAGGAUAUAUUACAUCAAGCUUGUCGCGACGCAGGCAUCCAUGCCUUUAUCUCUUCCCUACCCCACGGCUACGAUACCGAUGUAGGAACAGGUGGUGUUUCGCUCUCAGGUGGCCAAAAGCAGCGAAUCUCGAUCGCCCGAGCCCUCAUCCGGGACCCUUCUGUAUUAUUGCUCGAUGAGGCAACAAGUAGCCUCGAUUCAGAAACCGAAAAGGAGGUCCAAGCCGUGUUUGAACGGACAGGGAAAGGGCGGACGAUGGUGGUCGUUGCUCAUCGUCUUGCCACAGUACAGAAAGCGGACAUUAUUUUCGUCAUGGAUCAGGGCAGUGUUGUGGAGCAAGGCAAUCAUGCAAGUCUGCUGAGCAGGAAGAAGCUUUACUGGCAGAUGUGCCAAGGUCAAGACUUGGGCGUUUCAUAG